GCCACCACACCUGGCCUAUAAUGUUUAUUUUGUGUGCUGAGUAGUAGGUGGGUAGGUAUUUGUUACAGUGUUCCCUAUACCUACUUGUAUAUCUGGAAUAUUUUAUAAUUUUUUUAAAUGAGGGUAAAAAGGAAUAUAUAGAUAUGUAUUUAUAUUAAACUUCAAUAAAAAAUGUAUUAAAGUUCAAACCGUAUAGUUCCCAACUCCCCCUACUACAUAUUUUCCCUCCCAGAAAUGAACAUUUUACUAGUUUCUUUGAACCUUUCCAGAGAUGUAUAUAUAAACAAGAACAUAUUUAUGUAUUCAUUCCUCUCCUACCUUUAAAAAUAAAAUAACCAUUCCUCUCCUUUUACAUAAAUAGUAGUCUUCUCUAUGUAAUUGUACACUAUGCUUUUUUCACUUAAUGUAUCUUGGAGAUUAUUCUAUAUUAGUACAUUAAAUAUGUAGUUUUAAUGAAAAUAGAUUCUACCUUUUAACAGUAAUUAGUAUCUUUACCAGUUAUAUAUCUAGAGACUUUAUCUGCUAACAAACAAAUAUUGUUUUGCUGUAUUACAUUUAUUUCACCAGCAGGAAAUCUUGAGUUUCUUCCUGAUUCUUCUUUCCAAAUACGUGAAGCUUUCCAGGGGCAUCUCUUUUUUGUUUUUGUCUCCCCCCCACCACCCCUUAGAGACAAGGUCUCAUUCUGUCACCAGAACUGGCUUUCAGUGGCCCGAUCACAGCUCAUUGCAGUCUCAAACUCCUGGGCUCAAGUGAUCCUCCACCCUCAGCCUCCUGAGUAGCUAACUACAGAGCCACAAUGGACACUGCUAGCCAUAGCCUUGUCCUUUUGCAGCAGCUGAACAUGCAACGAGAAUUUGGUUUUCUGUGUGAUUGCACGGUUGCUAUUGGAGAUGUUUACUUCAAAGCCCACAGAGCAGUACUUGCUGCCUUUUCUAACUAUUUCAAGAUGAUAUUUAUUCACCAAACAAGUGAAUGCAUAAAAAUACAACCAACUGAUAUCCAACCUGACAUAUUCAGCUAUUUGUUGCACAUUAUGUACACGGGGAAAGGGCCAAAACAGAUUGUGGAUCAUAGUCGUUUGGAGGAAGGGAUUCGAUUUCUUCAUGCCGACUACCUUUCGCACAUUGCAACUGAAAUGAAUCAAGUGUUCUCACCAGAGACUGUGCAGUCCUCAAAUUUGUAUGGCAUUCAGAUCUCAACGACCCAAAAACCAGUUGUCAAACAAGGGCUGGAGGUCAAAGAAGCUACUUCCAAUAACAGUGGAAACAGAGCCGCUGUCCAGGGUGACCACCCCCAGUUGCAGCUCUCUCUUGCUAUUGGGCUGGAUGAUGGCACUGCAGACCAGCAGAGGGCCCAUCCUGCUACCCAGACCUUGGAGGAGCACCAGAAGCCCCCAGUGUCCAUCAAGCAGGAGAGAUGUGACCCGGAAUCAGUGAUCUCCCAGAACCAUCCUUCACCCCCAUCAGAGGUAACAGGCCACCCUUUUACUGAAAACAGUAUCAAAAUACACUUAUGCCAUUACUGUGGGGAACGUUUUGAUUCCCGUAGUAACCUGAGACAACAUCUCCAUACACAUGUGUCUGGAUCCCUCCCAUUUGGUGUCCCUGCUUCCAUUCUGGAAAGUAAUGACCUUGGUGAAGUACAUCCACUUAAUGAAAAUAACGAGGCUCUUGAAUGCCGCAGGCUCAGCUCCUUCAUCGUCAAGGAGAAUGAUCAGCAACCUGACCACUCAACCCGGGGUACCACAGAGCCUUUGCAGAUCAGUCAAGUAUCUUUGAUCUCCAAAGACACAGAGCCAGUAGAAUUAAACUGUAAUUUUUCCUUUUCAAGGAAAAGAAAAAUCAGCUGUACCGUGUGUGGUCAUAAGUUUCUUCGAAAGAGCCAAUUGUUGGAACACAUGUUUACACACAAAGGUAAACCUUACAGAUAUAAUCGAUGCCAAAGGUUUAGUAAUGCAUUGGGCCAGAGAUUUCAGCCAUAUUGUGACAACUGGUCUGACAUCUCCCUGAAAAGUUCUCGGUUGUCACAAGAACAUUUAGAUGUGCCUUGUGCCUUAGAGUCAGAGCUCACACAAGAAAAUGUGGAGGCUAUCCUAGUUGAGUAGCAGUUUCUCCUUCAGAAUUUUUACACCAAUUCUGAAAAAGAAAAUUCACAUGGCAUUUUUUAUUCCUAAAGUAUUUUCAUCCUCAA